AUGCACGUUCCCCGUUUGAUGAUCCUUCGCGCAGCAGCGGUGCGACUACCGCCCGGUGAGGGGCAUGCGCUGCUGUCCAACGCCUCUGCGCCCUUUGCUAUCAUGGAGGAUUGGUUCCUGGGCGAGAGUGACGAUCCCCUGGCUGUUCCGUUCGCGCUGUUUCUGGAGCGCUUUGCUGUCCCAGGGGAAGAUGACGACCCCGAGAUGUUCGAAGACGAAGACAGGCGCUUCAAGCUCUCGCACAUCGCACCGGUAGACCCGCCCAUGGAGACGGCGGCCUCCUUGGAUUCGGCAUUUCUUACGCGGAGUGAGAUUGGCAUCGCUCGAGACGUGCUUGACAUCUGUCUCCAAGAGUGCAACUUCUCCCUCGACCACGCGCAGGCGGAGAAGGCGAUCGGAAAAUCCAUCGAACCGUUCCUGCUGCGGAUGAUCGACGAGAGUUGGGAUGCCUUCGUGGCGGCUCUCGUCAUGGUUUUCGGCUUGGCGGCGGGGCACGGCCAAGAUGAUUAUCAUUGCAUCGCAAUUUCGUGUUCCUCUGGUGGCAUUUCCUAUACCAGUGCGUCGCUUGCUGCUUGCAGCGGCCCGUAUCAAGAUCCCCUGUUCCAGACACCAUUGGAUAUCCAGGUGUAA